AUGGAGCGGCGUCGAUCAAACCGACGCGUUCGCCAUCGACGAGUCCAGCCUGUUCGAGAAGCUCGGUCUUCAAUGCUUCAUCAAUCUAUCCACCAAUUUCUACACCAGAGUAGGGUAUAUGAUGACGAAGAAGAAUGGUUUCGAUCUAUGUUCUCUAACUCGAAGAAAGAAGAUGCCAUCCAGAACCAGUAUGAGUUCUUCGUCCAGCGUAUGGGAGGUCCUCCUUUGUAUUCUCAAAGGAAAGGUCAUCCUGCUUUGAUCGGACGUCACCGUCCGUUUCCAGUGACCCAUGAAGCUGCAGAGAGAUGGCUACGACACAUGCAAAAUGCUCUGGACGAUUCGCUUGACAUUGACCAGGACUCUAAAGUCAAAAUGAUGAAUUUCUUUAGGCACACCGCUUUCUUCCUUGUGGCUGGAAACGAGCUGAAGAAUCAGAAUCAAAAUCAGACCCAGAAUAACCAAGUUGCGUGCAAACACGCAGCCAAUAAACCAGCAGAAGAAUAA